GCAAAACGAUUUCCAUAUAUUAAAGCCCAAUUACCAACUUGAUUUUAUACGACAAUUAAAAACUUAUUAAACAUUCAAAUUGAAAUAUCAAUAAUAGCUGUGAAAAUCAACACUGGACACUCAGUUGCAUUCGAACAUGGAAAACCAGAUGAAGCUACAAAUCGAACCUCUCCCAGAGGAAUUACAAAAGGUUGCCAUCGAGGAAUUGGGAGAAGUCCCCGAAAGGAUGGCCGAAGACUUGCAAAUCUUUAAAGAAUGGAUUAAAAAGCAAAUUCACUUGCGGGCUCGCAUGGACGAUCAAUUCUUGAUACAAUUUCUUCGUGGCUGCAAAUACAGUUUGGAAAAGGCCAAAAAGAAAAUCGAUACUUUCUACGCGAUGAAAACAAAAUAUCCGGAAUAUUUCAAUUUGACCAAUGUUGAUGAUCCGCUAUUUCGAAAGCUGCACAGUACAGGAUUUUAUAUUCCACUCCCCACCCCAUUAAAUGACCAUGGUCCCCGCAUCAUAAUGUGUCGUUUCCAGGACACACCUAAUGCCUUUCCACCGAAUAAUUUCUUCCAGUAUUGUAAUAGCCGUGUAGAAAUUAUGCUAAUGAAUGAUCCCUAUGCCUGCAUAAAUGGAAUAAUGCUCAUUUGCGAUUUUGCCAAAGCCAGUCCUAGCCAUCUGUUACCAUUUACCGUAAAUAUCAUCAAACAGAAUGCCAUGUUCAGUGAAAAAGCAUUUCCCAUGCGUUUCAAAACUUUUUGUAUGAUAAACAUUGCCAGCUAUGCCCAACAGUUUUUCAAUCAUACGUCAGAGAAAUUUCGCAAUAAGUUUAUUUUAUGCGGCACAAAUUCCGCACAAUGGGCGAAACAAUUACCCGUGGAAUAUAUGCCAAUUGAUUAUGGCGGUAAAAAUGGUUCGAUCAGUGAAUUGUGUCAGGAAUAUGACAAGCUCUGGGAUGAGUAUAGAGAUUAUUUCAAAGACAAUGCCAACUAUGGAACGGAUGAACAUUUACGUUUGGGAGAACCUUUCAACUUUGAUGACGACUUUGGUACUGGUGGCACGUUACGAAAACUCAAUGUGGAUUAGGGGGGGGGGCUACAAAACAUUUAAUUUUAUUACACAAACAUAGGUGCUAACAUGGUACAAUGAAAUAAAGAUAAUCUCAUUUAAGACAUAAGACUUC